CUUCUUCUCCGAUCACCAUUCCCACGACACGAAUUAGCUUGUUUCUUCCUUCGCCUAUCCGAUUUGCGAUUCUCCGAAUAAAGCUUAAAUCUUUAGAAUCUGGAAAAACGUAGGGAAACGAUGAAAGGGAUAACGAGGUUUCUGAAUUCUCUUUCGAGACAUAGAGCUCGCGAGGUCUUUUCUUCGCCUUGUCCUCUUCUUCUGAUAUCACGUCGCCCUCUGUUCAUCUCGGCGACAACCCAAUUCGCUACGAGUCACGGGAAGACUUAUGCUUCUCGUAACUUUCCGAAAGUUUCUUCCUUUCCUCUCAAAUCGAUCUCACUGGGAGUGCAAAGGAGGACGAUGUUUAUACAAACACAGUCAACACCAAACCCUUCUUCUCUGAUGUUUAGUCCUGGUAAACCAGUCAUGGAAGUGGGAAGCGCAGACUUCCCUAAUUCUCGUUCAGCUAUGACUUCACCUUUGGCAAAAGCCAUCUUCUCCAUUGAUGGUGUUGUUAGAGUUUUCUUCGGAUCGGAUUUUGUCACUGUGACAAAGUCAGAUGACGUGACGUGGGACUUCCUCAAGCCUGAAGUGUUUGCAGUGGUAAUGGACUUCUACUCUUCUGGCCAGCCUUUGUUUCUAGACUCACAAGUUGCAGCUGCCAAGGAUACUGCCGUUAACGACGAUGACUCUGAAACUGUAGCAAUGAUCAAGGAACUCUUGGAGACUCGCAUCCGACCAUCAGUCCAAGAUGAUGGAGGAGACAUUGAGUAUUGUGGGUUUGAUACGGAAACUGGGAUAGUUAAGCUUCGAAUGCAAGGAGCUUGUAGCGGUUGUCCAAGUUCAUCUGUUACUUUGAAAUCAGGGAUUGAGAAUAUGCUGAUGCAUUAUAUAUCCGAGGUCAAAGGUGUUGAGCAAGAGUUUGAUGGUGAAGAGGAGGGAACUUCGUCUGGGCCACUGGAGUAGAGUAACAGAAGCAACUCUUCAGUAUACACAAGAAGAAUAAAACCAGAGGUGCAUUACCUUUGUCUUCUCAUGAACUUGUCAGCCUUCUUUAUGCUGUUUAUUCUUAUUCAAACCUCAUGAUUUAAUCCCAAAUAUUGCAUUAUUAUUGGAUCAUAUGGCUCUUAUUGAGAGUGUAAAGAUUUGUAGCCAAAGGUUGAGUAGAAGUAUUUGCUGACAACAGUGGACGAUUAAAGUACA